CAACCCCUGCCGCUGUAAGGUAGAGCUGCCGGGAUCCCGGUGUUCCGUUUGGAGGAAUCAUCUGAGAAAACCCCGCUUUGCGUUCAUCGGAUCACCCAAGUUCAUUAUUUUCUGCAUUUGGAGAGAUUUUGCACCCAAAUUACGCAUGGAAUGGUUCUGGGGGGAUUGGAGUAGAAAUGCAGCGCCGGACUUUCAGCCCGCAACAAAAAACAUGUCCAACUUACACUGCAAGCCCAUCUAUGACAUCCUGUUUUAUCCUUUACGACUUUGAUACAAGUGAAAUUUGCUCGGACAUCGACGAGGAGUGAAAGAAACUAAAAAUCCACCGUUUCCAUCCGAGGGACGCUGUUCUCGCUGCAGACGCUCGUGUACCGGAAAAAAAAAAAACCUCUGCAUUUGGGAUUUUGUGUUUUUUGAUGGAGCUGGAGAACAUAGUAGCCAACACUGUACUGCUAAAAGCCAGAGAGGGUGGAGGAGGAAAACGGAAAGGAAGGAGCAAAAAAUGGAAAGAGAUCCUUCGCUUUCCCCAUAUAAGCCAGUGUGCUGAACCUGGAAAAACUACCGAGAGGGAUUAUGCCAGUAUUUGUGAGAAACAACCAAUUGGACGGCGUCUUUUCCGUCUUUACUGUGAGACCAGGCCCAACCUGCAACGAUGCAUCCAGCUACUGGACGCAAUGGAAGACUACGAGGUAACACCUGAUGAAAAUAGAAAAAACAGAGGGGAACAAAUCAUCAAGGCUUUUCUCUCAAAACAAUCACCACAGCGAGUGGACAUAGCAGAAGUUUUUGCAGAGCAAUGUCGAGAGAACCUUGAGCACAGUCCUUGUAAGGAAAUCUUCAGCAACUGCCGCAAGGCUGUCCAUGACUACCUGAGCGGAGCUCCAUUUUCAGACUACCAGAACAGCAUGUACUUUGACCGCUUCCUGCAGUGGAAGAUGCUGGAGAGGCAACCCAUCACUAAAGACACGUUCAGACAGUACCGAGUGCUCGGGAAGGGGGGGUUCGGAGAGGUGUGUGCAUGCCAGGUCAGAGCAACAGGGAAGAUGUAUGCCUGCAAGAAGCUGGAGAAGAAGAGGAUCAAGAAGAGGAAAGGGGAGUCUAUGGCUCUCAACGAGAAGCAGAUUUUAGAGAAAGUCAACAGCAGAUUUGUUGUGAGCUUAGCGUAUGCAUAUGAGACCAAAGAUGCUCUGUGUCUGGUGCUGACCAUCAUGAACGGUGGAGACCUGAAGUUUCACAUCUACAACAUGGGCACACCGGGAUUCGAGAAAGACAGGGUCCAGUUUUACGCUGCUCAGAUCGGCUGUGGACUCAACCAUUUGCACAUGGAAUCUAUUGUCUACAGAGAUUUGAAACCGGAGAACAUCCUUUUAGAUGACAACGGACACAUUCGCAUUUCUGACCUGGGGCUGGCCAUCAAAGUGCCUGAUGGAGAACUCAUCAGAGGCAGGGUGGGGACAGUAGGCUACAUGGCUCCGGAGGUGAUCAACAAUGAAAAAUAUGCCAUGAGUCCUGAUUGGUGGGGUUUGGGCUGCCUCAUUUACGAGAUGACUGCCGGACGAUCGCCCUUUCGCGCUCGCAAAGAACGAGUAAAGCGGGAGGAGGUGGAGAGGAGGGUGCAGGAGGAAGAGGAGGAGUACAACGACAAGUUUACAGAGGACACCAAGGCAAUCUGUAGGAUGCUGCUCACCAAAGACCCUAAGCAGAGGCUGGGGUGCAAGGCGGAUGGAGCAGAGGGCGUUAAGGCCCACUCAUUCUUCAAAAACAUCAACUUCAAGAGGAUGGAGGCUGGAAUAGUGGAGCCUCCCUUUGUACCUGAUCCUAGGGCAGUGUACUGCAAGGAUGUUUUGGACAUAGAGCAGUUCUCCACAGUCAAGGGAGUAAAUUUGGACCAAACUGACAACGACUUCUACUCCAAAUUUGCUACAGGCAGUGUUUCCAUCCCAUGGCAGAAUGAGAUGAUAGAAACUGAGUGUUUCAGAGAUUUGAAUGUGUUUGGGCCUCAAGGGACGAGACCUCCGGAUCUGGACUGGAAUCAGCCUCCAGAGCCACCCAGACGCAGCCUGCUGGACAGGAUCUUCCGGAGGCAUCACCCAGAGGUGUCUAUUUCCAACAGCCGUGUGCAGUCUUCCAGUGUAAAUUCUGUGGACUCUAUGUCCAACUCUGCCCCCUAGUGGCGCAGUGAUAGCCUGGGAGCCAUACACAAGGAAGGGAGCUCGGAAGGGCUUCCCCACUGCUGAUUGGUCCACAACUGGGCCUGAGCAGCAGCUGGAGACAGCCUGUCUAGGAGCCUAAAUGGUCAGCCCAUGGGGAGGG